GCUCCCAUGUUGAGCAGCUACACCCACAACAACACUGUUUCCCUGCAGACACACACACACACACACACACACACACACACACACUGACAGCUCGUACUUACUGCAGGGAACCGUAUAUAAGCGGGAGCAGAGCAGAGGACGGAGCGACAGCAGAGUCCUCUGAGUCCUGCGACAGAUCUCACACCCCGACCUCGCACCAUGUCUGACCGACCAACUGCUACUCCCUCUGCACCCCCCCCUGCUCCCUCCGGACCCCCUCCCAAGGUGACAAGCCGUGGACGCACCACGGUUCCCGUCGCCAACUCCAACAGCGACUCAGCGGACAUCCCACAGUUUGAGCCCUUUGGCAGCCCGAGGGGCGUUCCACCUCUGACCGAGUAUCUUGACAUCUGGGACGUGGACAUGAUUAAAAAGCAAGAUGAGAACAACAAGCUAGAUCACCACACGGAGCUGUACCAGUCUGACUAUCUCAUCGUUCGCCGGGGGCAGGAGUUCCAGGUCAAGAUCACCUUUAACCGGACUUACAAACCUGCUGAUGACAAGUUUGCCGUGGAGUUCGUCAUCGGCUCCAGCCCACAGUACAGCAAGGGCACCUAUGUUCCUGUCUACCCCACGAAGGAGCGUCAGAGCCCCUGGAAGGGCCGCAUCACCCACACCUCAGACAACCAGGUCACCAUGGGCAUCACGCCUGCAGCCAACUGCAUUGUGGGAAAGUACCACAUGUACGUUGCUGUGGCAACGCCCUAUGGCAUCCGCAGGACCACACGGGACAGCGCCAGAGACCUCUACAUCCUCUUCAACCCCUGGGCGGCAGAUGACGCUGUGUUUCUGGAUGAUGAGGAGGAGAGGAAGGAGUGCGUGAUGAAUGAGAUGGGCAUCAUCUAUCACGGCGCCUUCGAUGACAUCGCUGAGAGGGACUGGAACUACGGGCAGUUCAACUAUGGAGUUCUGGAUGCCUGUUUAUUCAUCCUGGACCAGUCUGAGAUGCCCAUCACCAACAGAGGAGACCCCAUGAUAGUGACCAGACAGGCUUCUGCCAUGCUGGACUCUCUUGAUGACAACGGGGUGCUGGUGGGGAACUGGACUGGGGACUAUACCUAUGGAGUGGCGCCCACUUCCUGGACUGGCAGCACCGACAUCCUGCUGACCUACGCCACCAGCAAGAUGCCCGUGUGCUACGCUCAGUGCUGGGUCUAUGCUGCCGUCUUCAACACCUUCCUGCGCUGUCUGGGCAUCCCGGCUCGGGUGGUCACCAACUAUUACUCCGCCCACGACAACGAUGGAAACCUGAGGACUGACAUCAUCUUGGAUGAGAACGGCCGGGCGGAUCGUCAGCGCACCAAGGACUCCAUCUGGAACUAUCACUGCUGGAAUGAGUGCUACAUGAGCAGACCAGACCUGCCCUCAGGCUUCGGAGGCUGGCAGGUCGUUGAUGCAACACCACAGGAGACCAGUGAUGGCAUGUACAGAUGUGGUCCUGCUUCAGUUCAAGCCAUCAAACACGGCCAGCUAUGCUUUCCCUUCGAUGCUGCCUUUGUAUUUGCAGAGGUCAACAGCGACGUAGUGUUUUACUCCAGGAAGAAAGAUGGGACCAUGCAGCCCGUCAAGGUGAACAAGACUCAUGUAGGACGCAUGAUUCUGACCAAAACCCCAGGAGACGUUACUCGGCGAGACAUCACACAUCAGUACAAGUUCCCAGAAGGCAGUGCAGAGGAGCGAACCGUCCUGGAAAGAGCAGAGGACUAUGGCUGCAAGAGAGACAAGUCCGAGCUCCCCGUGGCCGACGUGGACCUGGUCCUGCCCGCUCUGGAGAUCAGCGUGGGCGACGACUUCGAGCUGAGCCUGGAGUUUGUCAACCGAAGCGACCAGCAGCGCACUGUGGACAUGUACGUCAGUGGGAGCGUGGUGUAUUACACUGGCGUCAGCAAAAACGAGAUCCUGUUCAAGAAUCCCACCGUGAAGAUCGGCCCCAGCGCCAGUGUUACUGAGGUGAUAAGUGUCGAGUCAAAGAACUACUUGAAGCACCUGGUGGAACAGGCCAACCUACACUUCAUCGCUACUGGGAAGAUCAAGGAGACCAGCCACAUUGUCUCUGCCAUGAAAGUGGUCUCACUGCGCAAUCCCAAACUCACCAUUGAGGUGUCUGGUGAAGGCAAAGUUCACGAGGAGAUGGUGGCGACUGUGCAGUUCACAAACCCGUUCAGCUUCAACUUGGAGCAGGUCUACGUCCGCAUGGAGGGACCUGGCCUCAUGGUGCCCAAGUUCAAAUACUACAGUCUGGUUGCGGCUGGCUCCUCCCUCACCUGGGCCGAGUACUUCACUCCGCAGAGAGCUGGCUUCACCAGGUUGUUCGCCACUUUGGACUGUCCCAAUCUCAGGCAGGUCUACGGCCAGGUGUCCAUCACCAUCAAGCCCUGAGGGGGCGCUGCAGGACCGCUGGCACCAUUUAACUCAGUUACAGGCCUAUAACAUACUGUAGGCUUACAGUUAUUCGUAGUAUAAGGUAGCAACAUCGUUCAAGAUUGGAGGUAAUAGUAAUGUCAUUAUAAUCUAAAAAACAUAUAUUUUACGUUUACGAAACAAUCAGGUACAAUAAAAAACAACAAUAAAUAACAGUUUGUGAUCUUUGAUCCUAUAUGAAAACUUGACUCUAUUGUAAGCAACUAACUGACAGUAAAACAAUUCUGAGGCUUGA